AUGGGGUCCGACGCUAUCUCCGCCCUCUACGACUCGUUAACGUCGGAAUCCAAACAAUCGGGUGUCGCAGUUCUCCUGCAAUUCUUCCACUCCGUGCGCGCGGCUGCUCAAAACGCUUCUCUCUCCGCCAUCGCCACUUCUCUCCGCGGCCUCUACCGCAAUGACAACGUGAACUGGGGUCAGGUUGUGUUUUUGACUACCUGUGUGAUCGCCAUGACUGGAUGUGGGUUGCUGUCGUCGCUGGUGACGCGCAAGCUAUCAGCGUCGAAAUAUUCUCGUGCGCAGCGCCCCGCCGCUCGCAAGAGCUCCACUAAAUCCUCGAAAACUCUGAGCUCCUCGGAGGAUGAGGACUACGAAGAUGAAGAUUACGACAGCAAUGCAUCGCUGCGCCAUGGAACCAAUCCCAAUUACAAGGCCAAGGAUUGGCAGUCCGAGCCUCAGCAGCAAAGCUCCGAUGCAUACGAAACAGACCCGGGUAUUUUGAGAAAAUUUACCACAUACAACUCUUAUACUACUUCGGUAGCUACCUAUCCCGCUAUUCGCACCUUCUACUGCCCCCAUCCACAUCUAGCUCGAUUGCCGACCAAACCGACUCCUGUUCCCUUGGUCGUGGUCGUCCAUGGGCUAGGCGGAUCUCUCGCGCAAUUUCACCAUCUCCUCACUAGUCUGUCUAAUGUUGGAUCAUGCUUUGGCAUUGACUUGCCCGGGUGUGGACUGUCCAAGUUCGCACCCACAGAUUGGAAUGCAUACACCGUGGAGGCUCUGUCCGAACUAUUGGCUGUAGCCAUUGAUCAGCAUCGGGAUCGUGAGGCUGGCCAGGAAGUAAUUUUGGUAGGACACAGUCUAGGCUGUUCUUUGUCUGCCCUCUUGGCGUCGUCGACAUCUUCCAUCGGCGCAAAGCUGAAAGAGCACAUCAUCGGCCUCGUUGCCGUGUGCCCUCGAGCCUCACCCCCCUCUGCAGAUGAGACCGCUAAGUUCCGCCGAUUGCUAUAUGUUCCUGGUGCGAUUUUCGACCUUUGGCGUCGCUGGGACAGACGCGGAGGAGAACAAAGUGCCAGUGUCAUGAGGAUGGUCGGUGUCGCUGCCGAUAUCGAAACGCGAGAUCUGCAGGUGCGCUUCAACAAGCAAAGCCGAACACCUGUCUGGCGACGUAUGGCGUGGGGCACACUUCCCACCUACUAUAAUAGCGACCAUCCGAUUGGCGGUCUCCCUGGCGAAACGGUCUGGGCGGGAAUCCGCAUGCCGGUUCUGCUUAUCGCGGGAGAGGCGGAUGCUGUGACCAAACCAGUGGAGGUGCAAAAGCUUUUGAAAUUCUUCGGGGAUGCUUCAGCCCACACCAUGAUCGACACCAGCGACAGCAGUAUCAUUCCUGAUGCUUCGCGGGUUCAUGACCAGAUGUCACCCCCAACCAAUGUUCUUGGCAAUGAAAAGGUGUUCGAUGUGGAGAUCUCCGAGAAGAAUUUGAAGGUUGGCCAGCGGAAGCGCGUGGUCAAAUCGGCAAUCUUGCCGGCGCCUGCAUCUCAUGCACUGCUGUACGACCGGGCGACCUACCGCACUCUUGCAGGGAUUAUCCAGGAUUUCAUGUCGUCGAACAUCGACAAGCGUCUUGGUCUGGGCUGGCAACUGCAGUACAUGAACACAUCUGGAAAGUGGGAUGUCAAGAAUCUUGCCAAGUGGAAGAAGGUCGCGCCAGUCUCGGAGCGGAUCGCCAACACUUUUGCUGCGCUUAAGAUGUUGCGUGAGGUGGACGAGGAACAUAACCCUGUGACUUUCUCAGCAAAGUACCGCGGUCGGAUCCACGCUGUCAUUGACAUCAGUCAUGAGAGUCCAGUCUAUAACCCAGCCGAAAUGGAGAAGGGUGGGAUUCGCUACUACAAGCACCCAACGGUAUCCAAGAUUCCUCCGACCCCAGAUGAGGCGCGAGACUUCAUCGCUUUGGUCAACAGCCUUCAAAAGGAUAUAGAUGUGAAGAUGGAGCAGCGCACAGAGGAAGAAAAGUCCCUACCUCGUCCACUGGUUGGAGUGCACUGUCACUAUGGCUAUAAUCGUACUGGGUUUCUGAUCGCUUGUUAUCUGAUCGAACAUCUUGGUUUUGCUGUGCAGGAUGCCAUUGAUGAGUUCAAUCGAUGCCGACCUCCUGGCAUUCGACAUGGUCAUUUUGUUGAUACACUAUUUGUGAGGUAUUGCGUUGGGCUGAAGAGAGCGCCCACGCUGUAA